AUGCUUGAUGCUUCUGAUGGUGAAUAUGAGUAUGAAUAUGGGUCAGAAACUGAGACAUUUUACCUCAACCUGGACCUGACCGCCCACCAUGGUGCAGUGCGUCCACCACGCCGUCGCACACCUGCAGGUGAUGCAGAAUCCAUGAACGAGGUCCAAACUUCCGCGGAUAAUAAUGACGAUAACCGUGCGAGCGAAGCUUUUACUCCAAUCGAGACCGCCGAGGGAGGCAGCCUCUCAAACGAGCGAAUCCAGAUACUCGAUCUCCACACGUGCAACCCAAUCGUCUCGUAUCACAACCAAAUGUUCACCUGCUCCUGGGCCGAUCAGAUCGGCACCGAGCUAGUCUUUGCAAGCCCAAACACAGAACCAGGGACCAACCAAUCCACCGAACCCUUGCACCGUGGACCCUCGUUCGAGCUCAUCGCCGCCAACAGCGUGAAGAUCCUCGGUCGCAAAGCACACAUCACCUCCAGCUCUGGCCCGGGACUGGUACAGAAUUCCCAAGCCGAGACUCCCCCUACAAACCCUGCAUCCGAAGCAACCUCUCAGGCACCUUCGCAGGCCGGCGUGCCUCGUCGUGUGGCGCCGCCUUCGCACCAGGCACAAUUCCUGAAACGGCUCCAAGAUUUAAAAUCCGCCAAGGGGGAAGGAGACACCGUUCGCACUGUUAUGAGUACACGGCGAACCUUGCAUAGCGCAGACCAUCUCGAGCGAUUGCAAGGCUGGACGCGCACCGAGGCACAGCUUGCUGAAAUCCAGCGCCUCAACGAACGUGCAGCCAGAGGGGACGCAGAGGCCCAGACGACCCUCAAUAUGAUGAUCUCUGGGCUCCAGACGGAGUCGGAGUCUGAAUCGGAGAGCGGAAGUUCAACAUCCUGA